GUUUCCGGAAUUAGCUAACGCCGCCGCAAAUUAAAAGCCGAAGCCGCCUCUUUUCUCUACGAUUCGAAGAAGCAAUGCACAGUCUAGUGGCGCAGAGACUCCAACGCCUCUCUCUUUCGCCAUCAUCAACAAGGUACUUGUGUUCAAUCCCUAACCCCCAAAACGACGACGUUGAGAAAAUCUUUCGCAUAAUCACCGCAUCCCCAGACCCAAAAUCUCUGAAACACUCCCUCAAAAAUUCCCAAAUCCCCCUUUCCAAUGACCUAAUCGACCGAGUUCUCAAAAGGGUCCGCUUCUCCCACUCCAAUCCGCUCUCCGCCUUGGAGCUCUACAAAUUGACUUCGAGAAUCAAUGGAUUUCUCCACACCGCUUAUUCCUUUGAUACCAUGCUUUAUAUUCUCGGCAGAGCUCGGAAAUUCGAGGAAAUUUGGGAACUUUUGCUCGAAACCAAGCGAAAAAAUCAAUCUUUGAUAACCCCAAGAACUGUGCAGGUUGUUUUAGCUAGGAUUGCUAAGGUUUGCUCGGUUAGGCAGACGGUUGAGUCGUUUAAGAAGUUUAGGAAGCUUGUCUUGAAAUUUGAUGUGAGUUGUUACAAUGCAUUGCUUAGGACUUUGUCUCAGGAGAAGAGCAUGAGUGAUGCUAGGAAUGUUUAUCAUUCAUUGAAGCAUGAAUUUAGGCCUAAUUUGUAUACCUUUAACAUCUUGUUGGCUGGUUGGAGAUCUUGCGAUGAGGCGGAGGCGUUCUUUGCUGAGAUGAGGGAUAUGGGAGUGGAGCCGGAUUUGGUGUCGUAUAACUGCCUCGUGGAUGUGUUUUGUAAAGGGAGGGAGAUGGGGAAGGCGUAUGAGUUGAUUGGGAGGAUGAGGGAUGAGGGGAUUGAUUUGGAUGUGAUCACGUACACGUCUUUGAUCGGGGGGCUGGGGUUAGUUGGGCAGCCGGAUAAGGCGAGGGAGGUGUUGAAGGAGAUGAGAGAGUAUGGCUGCUACCCUGACGUUGCAGCUUACAAUGCUGUGAUCAGGAACUUCUGCAUAGCGAAGAGGUUAGGGGACGCGUAUGGUUUGAUGGAGGAGAUGGCGGGGGAGGGCUUGAGCCCCAAUGCCACGACUUUUAAUGUGGUGUUGAGGUCGUUGUAUUGGGCGAAUGACUUGAGAGGCUCGUGGGGGUUGUAUCUGAGGAUGAAGGGGAUGGGGUGCUUGCCUAGCACGCAGUCGUGUAUGUUCUUGAUGAGGUUGAUGAGGAGGCAGGAGAAUGUGGGGCUAGCACUUGAGCUGUGGGGUGACAUGGUUGAGAGGGGGUUCGGGUCCUACAUUUUGGUGUCGGACAUGUUGUUUGAUUUGCUCUGUGACGCGGGGAAACUGGAGGAGGCGGAGAGGUGCUUCUUGCAGAUGUUGGAGAAGGGGCAGAAGCCUAGCCAGGUUUCGUUUAGAAAGAUCAAGGUGCUCAUGGAGUUGGCUAGAAGGGAUGAUGCUCUGGCUAGUCUUUCGGAGAAGAUGUCCGCGUUUGGACCUGUGAUACAGAAGCGGAGGAGUGAUGUGGACGAGCUAGAUAGGCCCGUCUCUGGCACUAUGAUCUGAAAGGACGCGUUGUGGUUCAAUUGUACAAGGUUCGACUAAUGGCUUGCUUCUUCUGAAAGAUGUUUUAAGAACAGAUCAUCUCUAUGUAUGUAAUCCCAUCACCCGUGAAUUUGUUGAGCUUUGUGGGCGUGUUAUUCAAAAGGGAGAUCGUUUUGGAUUUGGAGUGAGCAAAAUCAGCGGACAACAUAAAGUUGUCCAUAAUAACCCUGAAUCCGAGUUUCAUGUAUACACUCUUGAAGCAGGAUCUUUGUGGAGAGUCGUUAAAGGCGCUCCCCCUUUUAUGAUUACUGCAACUCCUCCAUUUGUGGUGCACUUUUUAGUGGCAAUCUUCAUUGGUUAGUUAAAAGUGGGACCGAGAUUCCUUAUAUUUGUUGCUUUGAUCUUGAAACAGAAAGGUUUAGCAAAUUUCCCGCAUCCUCAUAUGGAAGGCACAUAUACAAACGAGUUGAGGUCGUUUAGUUAUGUUGCAAGUGGGGGUUGGUUGUAUGGUUUGGUGGAUUGCCUAUAUAAUGUGGUUGUUGAAGGAAUAUGAAUAGGUCAGAAAAAUGUUGGACCAUAGUACAACUCGUCAUGGAAAAGCCUUAUUAUGGACAAUACGGCAUGGUGGAAAAGCCAUAUUAUGGAAAAUAUGCCAUGCAUGCUCGUCUUUUUUUAUUAUGCUUACGGAGAGAGUGGUUGUAAACCUAUCAAAAUUUACAGAAAUGGUGGCAUAUUGAUGUCCUUCGAACUGAGAUAGGGUCUGAUGGGUCCUCUCUUCAUGCUCUAUCGCCCUCCAUGUAGAGGUAUCUGAAUUGCAAAGUGUGUGGAGGAUGGAGAUACUCAUCUCUUUAUCAUCGUCACUGGGAGCAGUCCUUAUGAUCUCGUAGAGGCUGGGAAUUCCAGCCUGUGUUGAGUUUAUUAAACUCAAUUACUUCACAAUUAAGGAAUUUUAAGUUUAUUAAAGUAUUAGAAGCUUGGUGAACAUUAUGGAGAAAUUAAGAAAAUAUGAGAUUAUGAUGAGGUGGCCGGAGGAUUCUAGAAGAUUAAAAGUUGUCAUGCAACUUGUAAUUAUUAGAAUUAUCUAGCUCCAUGCAUUAACCGACAUAGAGAGAUAUUAGCAAUAUUAUAUUUAGAAAGAAGAUAGCUAAAAUUCUCUAGAUGUGGUAAUAUCGGUUAAGAACCGGCUUAGACUUUCUAUAUAUAUUGGCACUAGGCCAUUUUGUAGAAUGUGUACACAAGAGAAAUAUAAGAAAGAGAAAUAUAAGAAAGUGCGUGUGAAAAUAGUGAGAAAAGAGUCGUAGCUUAUAGUUAGAAAGAAAGAGAGAGUUUUGUAGUGCGGUAGCACUUUUGUAUGAGUGUAUUUUGUCGUUCCUUUUUAAUGAGAAGUUUUUAAUCCCA